AUGGAUGUCUCAGCUCUUCGGGACCGUAUACAGUCGACGCUUGAUGUGAAUGCGGAUAAUCGACGACAGGCGGAAUUGGAUCUAAAAUAUGCUGAGACUCAACCGGGCUUCAUAAAUGCGCUGUUGGACAUUCUCCAGGGGGAACAGAACAAUGCUGUCCAACUUUCGGCCGGCGUCUACCUGAAGAACCGAAUUAAUCGUGGCUGGUCCCCCGUUGAAGAAAGCCCGCUGCGAACCCCUAUCCCAGAGGAUGAGAAACCCGGGUUUCGAGAGAGGUUAAUUCCGGCGUUGGCAUCGACACCGCCCAAUGUUCGCGCACAGCUUGUUCCUCUUCUCCAGAAAAUCCUUCAGCAUGAUUUCCCGGAACAGUGGCCAGGAUUUUUGGAUAUCACCCUCCAACUCUUGGGAACCAAUAAUGCAAACUCGGUCUACGCAGGCCUGCAAUGUCUGUUAGCCAUUUGCCGCGUGUACCGGUUUAAGGCGGGAGAAAAGAGAGAGGAAUUCGAUAAGAUCGUCGAGCAUUCGUUCCCUCAACUUCUGAACAUCGGAUUGAAGUUGGUCGAUGAAGAGAGCUUGGAAGCAGCGGAGAUGCUUCGGAUUGUCGUGAAGUCAUACAAGCAUGCUAUCUAUUUCGAGCUUUCGCCAUUCUUGCAAACACAGCAAGCCACUGUUGAUUGGUGCACACUGUUCUUGAGGAUUAUUGCCAAGGAACCUCCUGCCAGCGCCAUGCUAGAGUCUAAGGAGGAGAGAGAACUGAACCACUGGUGGAAGUGUAAGAAGUGGUCUUACGCUAAUUUGAACCGCCUCUUUAUCAGAUAUGGAAACCCAACAACAAUGACAAAGUCCAGCACCCCUGACUACACACAAUACGGAAAAGCCUUUACCACGACGUUUGCCCCGGAGAUUCUCAAGGGUUAUCUACAAGAGAUUGACAAGUGGGUUUCCAAGGGCCAGUGGCUUAGCAACCCAUCACUCGCCUACACUCUGGUUUUCCUGGAGGAAUGCGUUAAGCCAAAGGCGAUGUGGGAUCAUCUCAAGCCGCACAUGGACAAUCUGGUCGCCCAUUUCAUCUUUCCCAUUCUAUGCCAAUCUGAUGAGGACAUUGAAUUGUUCCAGACUGACCCAUCCGAGUACCUUCACCGGAAACUGAACUACUACGAGGAGGUUUCGGCGCCUGAUGUCGCAGCUACGAAUUUCUUGGUUGCUCUCACGAAGAAUCGUAAGAAGCAGACCUUCUCGAUUCUCACGUUUGUCAAUGGUGUCGUCAGCAAGUAUGAAGCUGCUCCAGAUGACCAGAAGCAGCCAAGGGAGAAGGAAGGUGCUUUGCGGAUGAUUGGCUCUCUUGCUUCUGUCAUUCUGGGGAAGAAGAGCCCCAUCGCUGAUCAGGUUGAAUACUUCUUUGUCCGGCACGUUUUCCCUGAGUUCCGAAGCCCCCAUGGUUUCCUUCGGGCUCGUGCGUGCGAUACCCUGGAGAAAUUCGAGCAGCUUGACUUCCAGGAUCCGAACAACCUCAUGAUCAUCUACCGGAACAUCCUUGAAUCGAUGACAGACUCUGAACUCCCUGUCCGGGUUGAAGCGGCCCUUGCAUUGCAGCCUCUAAUCCGCCAUGACAUCAUCAGGACCUCCAUGCAGCAGAACAUUCCGCAAAUCAUGCAACAGUUGCUUAAGCUGGCCAAUGAGGUGGACGUGGAUGCAUUGGCUAAUGUCAUGGAAGAUUUUGUGGAGGUCUUCUCCGCUGAACUCACACCAUUUGCUGUGGCGCUCAGCGAGCAGCUACGUGACACUUAUAUGCGAAUUGUUGGUGAGCUCCUGGAAAGGAAUGCUGCCAAGGGCGAUGAGGAUACAUAUGGUGAUUUCCUAGAUGACAAGAGCAUCACGGCUUUGGGGGUUCUGCAAACUAUCGGAACCCUUAUCCUCACCCUUGAGAGCACUCCGGACGUGCUCCUGCACCUCGAGACGAUUCUCAUGCCUGUGAUUAGCAUCACUCUUGAGAACAAGCUGUAUGACCUCUACAACGAGGUCUUUGAGAUCAUCGACAGCUGCACAUUUGCUUCCAAGUCUAUCUCCCCUACGAUGUGGCAAGCGUUUGAACUCAUCCACAAGACCUUCAAAGCAGGCGCAGAGCUAUAUUUGGAAGACAUGUUGCCCGCACUUGACAACUAUGUGGCCUAUGGUUCUGAGAUGAUGGUCCAAAACCCGGCCUACUUGGAAGCUGUUGUUGGCAUGGUCCAAGACAUCUUCCGCGAUGAGAAGGUCGGUGGAGUGGAUCGGAUAUGCGGUUGCAAGCUAGCAGAGACCGUGAUGCUCAACCUACGCGGUUGUAUCGACCAGUAUAUUCCGAUUUUCAUUGAGCUAGCGAUGCGGGUCAUUGACGGCGGUGACACAAAGACAAAGUCAUACCGAAUUCACCUGAUGGAGAUGGUGAUUAAUGCUAUAUACUACAACCCGGUCCUGGGUCUUCAGGUUCUGGAGUCCAAUGGCUGGACGAACAAGUUCUUCAGCACCUGGUUCUCGAAUAUUGACAACUUCAGACGUGUGCAUGAUAAGAAAUUGUCGAUUGCUGCCAUUAGCUCACUAUUGACGCUGAAGGCUGGGGAUGUCCCCGCGAGCGUGCAACAAGGUUGGCCCCGAUUGCUCCAAGGCGCUGUCCGGCUCUUCCAGACAUUACCUGCCGCUAUUAAGAAUCGCGAGGAUGCAACGAAAGAAUCUGAUUUCACUUUUGAUGACGAGGGUGAUGAGGUUGAUGAAGGUAAUGACUGGGAUGGUGAGGUUGAGUGGACGGACCAGGAUGAAGCCGAGUGUGGUCCUGAGGGCGAUAUCCCCGACGAGAGUGCUGCAUAUCUCGAUUUCCUGAACAAGGAGGCCCAGAAAUUUGGUUCGUUCGCCGACGACGAUGACGACGAUGACUUAGAUGAAGAGAGUUUGCUUGAGACCCCCUUGGAUAAAAUUGAGCCCUAUGGCUUGUUCAAGCAAGUCUUCUUGAACCUUCAGCAGGAACAACCGCAACUGUAUGACAACUUGACGGAGAUCCUGAAUUCGGAGGAAAAGCAGGUGAUUGAGGCUGUUUUCCACGAGGCGGAUGCGAAGGCUUUGGCUAGUGCCGAAGCUGCCGUCUCCCAGGCGAAUGGUCGUGAAUCAACCGCCCCAGAGCGUCAGACAGCCGCUCAGCUGGCUCCUCUGGCAUCAGGGAGAUACGAUCCCCGACACCAAAGCACGUUGCGACAGGCUGCUCCUCAGGAGCCAGAGGACCAACUUCGCCGGUUGGAGAGUAAUCCGAAGCAUAUCUUGGAGGAUAUCGAGGCGUGGAAGUUUCGGAAGGGGCCGGGGAAUUAA